CUGCUUCUUGAGGUAGCACUUAAGCUUUUAACCGAUUAUUGAGUUGUUAAUUUUUUUACAGGAUAUGUUGAAUGAUCGAUUUUCUGGGAUGUUUCGCCAGAAAAGUUGUUUGAAGCUAACGAUAUUGGGGUUUAAUUAAUUUCUUUUGUUGCUGUGGUUUGUUCCAAUGAUGAACAACAUGGGAAUCUUUGAAGAUAUUAGCUUCUGCCAAAAUCUUGAAUAUUUUUCAGCUCCUCCUGGGGAACAGGAGACAGCUCGGGAGCAUGAAGCUGAGGCUACUUUGGAGGAAGAUUACAGUGAUGAAGAGCUGGAUGUUGAUGAGCUUGAGAGAAGGAUGUGGCGAGACCGAAUGCUUUUGAGGCGACUCAAAGAACAAAGCAAAGAGAAGGAAAGCGCUGAUAAUUCAAAGCAGCGUCAAUCCCAGGAGCAAGCCCGAAGGAAGAAGAUGUCUCGGGCUCAAGAUUGCAUCCUGAAAUAUAUGUUGAAAAUGAUGGAGGUCUGUAAGGCUCAAGGAUUUGUGUAUGGGAUCAUUCCUGAGAAAGGAAAACCAGUAAGCGGAGCGUCUGAUAAUCUUCGUGCCUGGUGGAAAGAGAAAGUCAGAUUCGAUCGAAACGGUCCUGCAGCUAUUGCCAAAUAUCAGGCUGAACAUGCAAUUCCUGGGAACAAUGAUGACUGCAAUACAGUGACAUCCACUCCUCAUACUUUACAAGAGCUCCAAGACACAACCCUUGGAUCACUUUUGUCAGCUCUGAUGCAGCACUGCGAUCCACCCCAAAGGCGUUUUCCAUUGGAGAAGGGAGUUUCCCCACCGUGGUGGCCCACCGGAAACGAGGAAUGGUGGCCUGAAUUGGGACUACCUAACGAUCAGGGGCCACCUCCUUAUAAGAAGCCCCAUGAUCUGAAGAAGGCUUGGAAAGUCAGCGUUCUUACUGCUGUGAUUAAGCAUAUGUCACCUGAUAUUGCGAAGAUUCGCAAACUCGUUCGUCAGUCUAAAUGUUUGCAAGACAAGAUGACUGCAAAGGAGAGUGCCACAUGGUUGGCAAUUGUGAACCAGGAAGAAGCUUUGGCUAGGAAAUUGUAUCCUGAUAAAUGCCCGCCUAUGCCGAUAUGUGGGAGCGGAUCUCUUUUGAUCAGUGACACUAGUGAUUACGAUGUUGAAGGUGUAGAAGAUGAACCAAAUGUCCAAGCAGGGGAAAGCAAACCCCACGAUCUCAAUUUCUUUAAUAUGGGUGCCCCUGGACCUAGAGAGAGGCUUGUGAUGCCCCCUGUGGGAACUCAGAUUAAGGAAGAAUUCAUGGAGAACAAUUCGGACCUUAGUCGAAAGAGGAAGCAGCUGACAGAUGAGUCAAUUACAAUAAUGAAUCAGAAGCUAUAUACUUGCGAGUAUUCUCAAUGCCCAUAUAACAGUCAGCGCCUCGGGUUUUUCGAUAGGACUUCAAGAAACAACCACCAGUUGAAUUGUCCAUUUAGGCAUGAUUCUUCGCAUAUAUUUAGCAUGCCAAGCUUUCAAACUAAUGGUGACAAAUCAUCAUCCCCAGUUCCUCCAUCCUUAAACCAUUCUAAGCCACCACCUAUUCGGUCGAUGAACCCGACUCCACCCUUCAGGGUAUCAGGACUCGGACUUCCGGAAGACGACCAGAAAAUGAUUUCAGACCUUCUGAGUUGCUACGAUUCUAACCUUCAACAGGACAAGAACACAUUGAAUCCCAGUAAUGUCGAUGCUAGAGGUGACAACAAUCCCAACCAACAGCUGCCAAAAUUCCAACCCCAAGUCGACAUUAACAUGUAUGGCCAAGCAGCGAUCGUGGGAAAUAACAUGCCAAUACAGCACCCCGACAUUUCUUCCACAAAACUUCCAUUCGAAGAAUACAAGGCGGCAGCAUUUGAUUCUCCGUUCAGCAUGUAUCCCAACGAAAACAUCCCAGACUUAAGAUUUGGUUCUCCUUUUAACCUUGCAUCAAUUGAUUAUGCAGCAGCAGACACACCAUUGCCCAAGCAAGACACACCCUUGUGGUACCUUUGAUGCCAAAGUCAUGUACGACAACUCGCAUUGAUCGCACCGAUGAUCGGAAGUAAAUAUAUUUUCAGAGGGAGGAGGAAAAGGCCAUCUUCAUGCCAUGCCCUAAAGAAGGUGAAACUUUUUCCUUACUAUAUGCUAGUUGUUUAAUACACACACACACACAUAUAUAUAUACACAUAACAUAUGCUUUGUGUGUUUAGAUGGUUCUGUUCUGCAGCUACAUACAUUAUUAAGAAGCUUUUACAUAAUGUAGGAUGAUAUAAUAAUAUAAUGCUACCAUGUGUAGUAGUAGUAGUAGUAGGCGAGUUCAGUAGUAGAGGAAUCAUAAGCUCUCAAUUAUUAUUAGUGUAUUUCUGGGAACUUAAAACGUACUUGUUGCUUUUGAAUGUUCAUACUAUAUUGGAUAUUUUUCUUGAAUUUGCUUUAUUGUGA